CCUGCAUGGUCUCUGCUGCAUUGAAUAGCUGGCUUCGUUCACUCAAGCCACUUCCCUGCUACACAUAACACAUAUGGGAGCAUAAAAUUUCCAAUAGUAAAGGUAGGACUAAAUGCCAUGCACACAGCAUACCAUCUCGACGACAGGAUACCCAUUCAGCAACAAAGGCUCGGCCAGUUCUUUUCAAGAAAGAUCUCUCUUGUCACACGGAGAAUGUCUGUCAUCGGAGCAGCUGUCAAUGGCAGUCAUGCGAGAGCUAUGCUCCAUGGAAAUUCAUGGGUGCUCCAGGGCAACGUAUAAGGCUUGUCCGGCCAUUGCAUGUGUCAAAAUAAGACGUCAUGCAGACACGGAUGACCACAUGGCCAUCUCACUUGAGUCAAACUAUUCGAGCGCAAUUUCUCCAUCCAGACAUGCAAUGUGUGAGGCUGUCGGUCGAAGGCGGCCGGCUGGCUGGCUUGGAGUAGGUCACAACGCUAAGCAUUUUCCAGUCCCACCCGCCGCGAUGAUCUGCAAUACCCUCCCACAUUCCAUCCAGCACAAUGGCGACAGACCUCCGAGGCACGGAUAACUCGUGUUUAAACGUUAGCACUGCGAAUGCGACAAUCUCACCGACUAUCUGAGCCAGAAUCCCAUCAUGAAAGUGCGGUGACCAACCCCAUCUGCUCCAUUCUUCAGCUCGUAUCGAUUGGGAUCGCUCCGAAGCUUAGUCCCCUCCGCACGAACGCCUCGAACCCAUGUGGUUCCCCCGAUUGG